ACACACACUCUCUCUCUCUCUCUUCCCACCAUUCCAUUCCAUCACGUAUUAGUGUCGCCUUUUGAGCACGCGACGAUGGCCUCACACCUGGAACCUGCAAAGGCCCAGCAGACCCCCAACCCCUACGGAACCCCCUCGACCGCCAUCGAGCCGACCCAGCUCUACUUGCGCCAGCUGCACUCCAUGGCUCACCGCAGAGACGUCCUCGUCAGGAACGGCUUCGUCGUCCACCCGCUCUCCGAAGCCGACAUGGACGAUAAAAAACGCUGCCGCAAGUGCAACCUCCGCUGUUAUCCGCCUCUACUGAAACAUCCCCCUGCAGGCUCCAACAACAAGAACAAGUACAAGCCGGAUGACAGAGACGGAAAGAAGGCGCCCAAGGAGCCUACCUUCGACCCCGACCCCUCGUCCCACGAGAAGCACUCCAAACCGAUUCUCAAGUGCCGAUACCACACCGGCCGCUACUGGACCUGCUGCCGCGCUCACGCCUCCGCCCCGGGCUGUACCUGGGCCCCGGAGCACCUUACCCGGACCUAUGCCCGGGCCGACUUCAAGACCCGACACCAAUACCACCACACCCCUGCCUUCUCCCCCGCCGCCGCUACUACUACUACUACCGCCGUCUCCUCCUCCCGCGCGGCGCCGCCCCCCCGCAGACCCCACUUCGCCGUCGCCAUCGACUGCGAGAUGGGCACCGCCUACGACGGCGAGUCCGAGCUCAUCCGCGUCACCCUCGUCGACUACUUCACCUCCGAGAUCCUCCUCGACAGCCUCGUCUACCCCCAGGUCCCCAUGCAGCACUACAACACAAAGUGGUCCGGCGUGUCGCGCCAGCAGAUGAAGGAGGCCCGCGACAAGGGCAAGUGCAUUUCCGGCGGUCCCGCCGCCGUCCGCGCCGCCGUCUGGCGCUGGGUCGGCCCCAGCACCGUCGUCGUCGGCCACGCCGUCCACAACGACCUCGCCGCCCUGCGCUGGAUCCACCCGCUCGUCGUCGACUCGCUCGAGGAGGAUGAUGAGGACGACGGCGACGACGACGACGGCGACCUCAUCUCAUUUGAAGAGCUCGCCCUCGGGCCGCGGGACAACAUAGAGAACCCGAAGAAGCCCUCGGUCGCCAAAGCCAGGGUUAGGCGCAAGCCUGGAGGCCUCUCCCUCAAGGCACUCACGGCCGAAAUGUUCGACCGCCAGAUCCAAAAAGCGAAGCAGGGCCACGACAGCCUGGAGGACGCGCUGGCCGCCAGGGACAUUGUACACUGGUUCGUCAUGCAAAAGAUGGCGGAGGCGCAGGCACAAGGCGGGGGAUCCGUAACGUCAGGUUUCUGGUGA